GAAGUGUAACCAGCAAUAGUGGAGCCGCAUCGCAACGGCGUGCGUGUUGAAACGGUUGCGCUUACAGGAUGUAGUAAUUUCCGAUCUUUAUCCUUCAUCUCAGCACCCUCUGCACUCUCUGCACACCACCAUGAAGCUCCCACCCAUCGCAAUCGCCUGCCUCUCCGCCCUCGCAAUCGACUCGUGCUCCAACGUCAUCGCGCAACGCCUAAAAGCAUGGAACGAGUCCAAGCCCUUCGUCUUCGAUCGCGUCCUCUUCUUCCAAUUUGCGACCAUGGUGGUCUUGACCGCACCGAUAAACUACCACUGGCAGAACUGGCUCGAGCGUGCCUUCCCUGGUUGGAAGACCGUCAAGCAGACGCGGUUGGCGGAUGCUGGAGAAGAGGAGAAGGGCAUGAUGCUCAAGGAGGAUGGCGAGGACAAACGAGUUAUUGAAGAGGACAUCAGAGUUAGGAAUUGGUGGAACAUAUUCCGGAAGUGGUUUACCGAUUGCAUAACUAUGGGCGCUUUGUUCAACCAGGCUCUGUUCUUGGUCCUGAUGGGCAUUAUGAAGGGUAAGACUGUUGCGCUGAUUGUGCAGGACUUCAGGAAUGAACUGUUCGGCCUCAUCUUCGACUCGUACAAAGUGUGGCCCAUCGCCAACUUCAUUUCGACUACAUACUGCCCUGUCGAGCGCCGCAUCAUCUUCCUCAGCUUCUGCGGUUUAUUGUGGAACAUAUAUCUCUCGCUCGUUGCUGCUCGGUUAUAGAUGAUUGAAUCAAUCC